AUGAAGGAAAAUGUUUUCUUCUCCCACCUAGCCGUCGCUAUCGCUCCCAUCCAGCCGUAUCCUCUCCCUCACUACCCGCCGUCUCCAUCCACCCUGCCAUCUCCUCUCCCUUACCUCCCCGCCGUCGCCUCUCCCUCCUCCCCGCCGUCGCCUCUCCUCCUCCCCGCUGUCGCCUCUCCUCCCUGCCGUCGCCUCUCCUCCUCCCCGCCGUCGCCUCUCCUCCUCCCCGCCGUCGCCUCUCCUCCUCCCCGCCGUCGCCUCUCCUCCUCCCCGCCGUCGCCUCUCCUCCUCCCCGCCGUCGCCUCUCCUCCUCCCCGCCUCGCCUCUCCUCCUCCCCGCCAUCGCCUCUCCCUCCUCCCCGCCGUCGCCUCUCCUCCUCCCCGCUGUCGCCUCUCCCUUACCUCCGUCGCCUCUCCUCCUCCCAGCCGUCGCCUCUCCUCCUCCCCGCCAUCGCCUCUCCCUCCUCCGCGCCGUCGCCUCUCCUCCUCCCGCUGCCGCCUCUCCUCCUCCCUGCCGUCGCCUCUCCCUCCUCCCCGCCGACGCCUCUCCUCCUCCUGA